AUGUCUUCCGCGACUCGCAAUGUCUGCGUCACCGCAGUGGACGGUCAAACUGGUUUCCUCAUUGCGGAGCUACUCCUCAGGGAAGGAAAAUUUUACAAGAGCAUCAGCUCACUCACCGGUCUGACCCUGAAGCCCUCGGCCCCCAAGGCCGGUGAGCUCGAGAAGCUUGGCGCAAAGAUUGUAGAGCAUAUUCCCGGCCGAGAGAGGUCUCUUGUGCAGGACCUGAAAAAGAUCGGCUGCGACACAAUCUGCCUGGUGCCCCCUGCUCACCAGGACAAACUCGACCUUAUGACCGAGCUCACCACCGCUGCCAAGAAGGCCGGCGUCUCGAAUGUCCUGUUGAUUAGCUCCGCUGGCGCAGACUACGCCACCAAGGAGAAGCAGCCGCGUUUGCGUGAGUUUAUCGAGCUGGAAAGUGCGGUCCUGUCCGCCAAGGGCGAUCCCAAUGUCCCUCUUGGUCACUCCCCUUGCGUAAUUCGAGCCGGUUUCUAUGCCGAGAAUCUUCUCCUAUACUCUCAACAAACUCGUGAAGAGGGUUUUUUGCCUCUGCCCAUCGGCCAAAACCAUAAGUUCGCACCUGUCGCAUUGGGCGAUGUUGCUCAUGUCGCUGCGCAUGUUCUGGCCGGGAAGGGAAAGCAUGGCUUUGACGACCGCCACCGAGGCCAGAUGAUGGUCCUCACUGGUCCUUUGCUCUGCGCUGGAAAGGAGCUGGCGGAGGCUGCCACCAAAGCACUGGGCCAGAAUGUGGAGUACGAGGAAAUUAGCGAAGCUGAGGCGAAGCGCAACCUCAAGUCACACUCCGACAUCGACCCCUCCGAGAUAGAAUACAUCCUGGAAUACUACAGCUUAGUUCGUGAGGGAAAGACAAACUCUUUCCACGACGUCACUGGGAGCCAUCCCACUGAGCCUGAUGACUUUUUCCGAAUGUACGCAAUGGAGCUUCGGCCGAAGAAGAAAGCCAAGAACUGA